UAUAUACAUUAUUGUUGUUUAGAGAUUAGUCACCUAUUUAAAGACAAAUAAUUGAAUAUUAAAUCUUUGUCUCAGGCUAAACUUCCAUGCAAUCUCUUACAGGUGGCGUUUGUUUUAAGUAAGCAUGACUUUAUUAGGCUUAAAGUAGGACUUCCUCCUCGCGCAGCACAAGGUUUCCGGGCUCUGUGGUUGAUGGCUUCCUGAUGCACUCGCACCCGGCCCGGUGCUAGCCACAUGAGUGACUUAGGCGCAAUUUUAUUUUGUGGCCCAUCUCAUUAAGAUGAUCGUCACAUCACGUCAGGAGGUUGCGUUCGGGACAAAUGCUGCCUGUAAAAAAUCUUGUGUUCUGUAAAGACUUGAAGUAAUGGCCAGCACAGGACGUGUCUUAAAGUGACGGUGUGUGUUUUCCCUGGUGAUAGAGGGCAGUACUUACCUAAAUGAUUGCAAGCAAGCAUUACUUUUUUGUUCAAGUAAGCCCUCACCAACAGAUGCCCAUUAGGGUCAGAAAUGGCUGGGAGCACAUCCUCCAGCAAAACAACAAGAACAUCAGAUCCCCUUUCAUCACUGGCAACGAUUGAAGCUCUAAAAUGUUUAUGAAUGGGGAAAGUUUUGUAACCAUUUGUUACAAAUCAGUAAAUGCAUUUUGUCCUCACGGGCUUCCAUAGAAGAAAACAUGGCAUCCAAUAUGACGUCGCCCAGAGACUUAUGGCGCUUACACGUUAGCGUCGGCACGGUCGGGGUUUGGUCGGGCUGGAUGGCGUGAGUUUGGGCUGGUACGGGCGGUGUAGUCUUCACAAAUAAAUCCCAGGGACUUCUCAAGAAUGCUGAAAUCCCCGAGCCUGUGGGCGGCGCUUAAUAUGCGCAGGAAAGUCCGCUCCAUAGGUAAACAAAAGACGGACAUGAGCUGCGUUGCUUUUGAAGACUUUGAACCACAUUAUUUUAUUAAUUAGCUGUGUGUGUCCUCAUAAUCUUGUGCCACACACACACACACACACACACUGAUUUCUCCCCUUUCUUUUCUCCCGUUCCCACACUUAAUGGCAGCUCCGGAUCGGCAGCUCCGUGCUACAGACAGAAGUUUACUCAACAGCAUCCAGUAUGAAAAUGAGCCGCGCACGCGGGAACCCCCCGCUGGCUCGUUCUUCUUGCAGAUCGAAGGCGGUAGGCUUUAUUUAAGCCAGCCAAUCAGUCCGUAGUGUCGCCUCGCUUCCACUCUGACCGCUGGGGAGUAGGUCCGAGAAAAGGAGUCGCCUCGGCACCGAAAAUGCAAAUGGGACCUGUGUGUGAAACCAAAUUCCAGUGCCGUCCAGUACCGUAUGGGCCCGUGCCGACCUGUGUAAGCACCAUUAGACCCGCACCCGUGUCUUGUAGACCAGAUUUUUAUAGUUAUAUGUAAUGAAACCGCCAACAUUUUUCAACAACUGGGCAUCAUUUCAAUCAAUUACAAAAACUUUGUGAUGAAUAUUCCCAGAGAUGAAUGGUUAAAACUACACAUUGUUACUGUAAGCAGCCAUCCUUUUGUAAAGAUUUGGUGGGUUCGUGCAUGCUGUUCGCAUGCUUCUGGACGCUGGGGCAAUGACAAUAAAGUUGUCAUUGCAUGUGCCUCUUUUAAAUUUAACAAACCUUUCCUUUUCCCGGUUUGAUUCUUCGCGUCAGCAGUAAUCUGUUUUCUUCUUUCCAGUUUUAUGUUUUCAACCCUUCAUUGGUAAACUGUUAAACGUUUUUUUAUUUUUGUACUUUGUUUAUGUAGCCCGCUGAAGCUGAGUCCAUGUGAGGUGAGCACUGGGACUUCUGAGUCCCAGCCAGGGAAUUGCAACAGAAGUGCUGCAAGGACAUUUAGCAGAAGAAAAUCAACAAAACUAAAACAAAUUCAAAACAAAAGCUGCUUUAGCUGGCUAAAUAAACUGAACUGAUGGUUUAGAAAACUGAACACCCGAACGUUUCUCCGCCUGGAGCAUUUAACUCAGUUUAUGGAUAAAUUCAGUGUUGGACCUCCCUCUGCAGAAUGCAGGGCUUCAUGUUGUUGUGGCAUUAAAUACCACCUUACUGUGUUUUUAUCACUUCUUAUGAGAUGCCUAAAAAUGUCAAAGUGUGGCUGCUCUAGAUCCUCAUGGUUCAUAUUAAUAACAAGUACUGCAGAUCUGGCUGCACACAGGACAUGUGAACUACAUCGUCCCAUUUCCUUUCAUAUUUUUGUGCACAUUUAGGAGCUCAGUACUAAAGCAGUUUCUGCGCACGAGAACAGGAUGAACUUUCUCUCGUAGUUGCAGCUCAGUGCCUUUACUGAGGCUUUUCCUGUUUGUUGCAGCUUGAACCAGUUAGGAACUGCUGCACUUGAAGUUUGUAUAACUCGCUGUGCCCUGAGGUGUGCAGGUUUCCUUGACUAAUUAUGCGUCAUGUGUAUUUGUGUGUGUGGGAGGUUGUGUUGAACCAGAUCCAGAAGUGUGUCUGCAUCCAUUCAUCACGCUGUUGCUGCCUAACACAAACACACGUUUUACUUGAUGCACGCUCUAAAUAAAACAAGUCAGUGCUAAUGGUAAAAUGGUCUGUAUUUGUGUAGCGCCUUCUUAGGUUCUGCAACUCCCCAAGGCGCUUCACAACACAGUCAUUCACCCAUUCACACACACAUUCACACCCUGGUGGGGAUGAGCUACGAUGUAGCCACAGCUGCCCUGGGGCGAGUCGUGCUGAAUACCGGCGCCAGGCAAAAACACACACACACGAUAUUUAAUAAAACAGUAGCAUACAAAUUCGUCAUGAAAGGAAAGUUUGGCUUUUCACAAGUGGAAGAACAGUUGGUAGCUUCCUGAACAGCCUCUGACAGUUUACAUCUUUAGGAUUGAUGAGCUAAUGGCUAGUUUAAACCUAACAAAGACCAACAUGUGACGCUGCAGUUUUAAAACGACUCUAAUCCAAAACAUUUAUUUACUGUUUUAUAAACCUUUUUGAUCAUCAAUUAGCAACAUAUGCUACUAGAAACUGAGGCUAUGCUAAUUACUCAUUUGUUUUUGCUGUGUCCGUAUGUUCAAUCAACAUCAAGUUAUAGCAGGAAACUGAUAUAUUUUUUAUGUUUUAAGACACAUUUAGAUCAACAUGGACCCUCCCUGGCUCCUACACUCAUAUUUGAUGGUAUUAGCCAAAAUGCUAAAGCUAUUUUACACUUUAGUUGUGCUCAGACUAGCCUUUAGCUUAGUGGUUACAAACAUUUCAACCUGAGAUUUUAGCCCUCCACUGUUACUGUCACUGCUACAAAUUUAGCUGCUAACUUUAUUAAACAGAUGCUUAAUGACGACACAAACGGCAACAGCAAAGACGGCAUUAUUUGAAUAUUUUAUGACUAUUUUUUUGUUAUGGUACAAAAUGGUCUGAGUUUUAAAAUCUCAUGUAAUUUCUGGAGUUCAUCUGGUGACCAUCACUUGUUGUUUUCUGACCCAAAGUGGGGUCCCGACCCCAGCUGUGGGAACCACAGCUUCAGAUAUAAAAAUAUGGUUAAUUUUAAAGAACAUUCUGGAAGCAAAAUAGUCAUUAUUUAUGAUUACGAUUAGAUUUUGUGUUUGUAACAUCCGUCCCUGGUUUGGAACCUCAGACAGUCUUGGAAGUGUGUGAGAUCACACUCGAGUGUGUGUGUAGGAGGAAAAGAUGAUGUACUGCUGUGUUUGUUGGUUGUGAAGGGAUGUCUUAGCCUGAGGGUUUGGCGUGAGCGUUUCUGAGUUUGAGGACUCUCAUGUUUCCUGGGUUUGUUAUAAAGUUAUGAGCGUCUCUACAAACAGCUGUUAUGUGACACCAAGCACCCACUGAGUCACUGUCGCUGCUGCGUCCACACACAACCAAAUGAUUCAGCGUCUUUGGGCUCAUUCUCCUUGUACAUUCAGUAAUUAUUAGUUUAAAAGUGUGUUUUUCCUUUUUAAAAUCCCACCACUCUCAUUUCUGUCCUUUCUUUCUCUAAGCCUCGACUCCCCCUCCUCCUCCUUCUCCUCUCCAUGAGGCCACUGUAGUCCUCCAGAGCUGGACUGGAGGCCUCUUUAUCCCGCGCCCUUAUUGGCUAACCCCUGUCCACAUGGUCAAAGGGGGCGGUUCCUCUUCGUGGCCCGCCCAGCUCUUUGGGUGUUCACAUGGAAUAGCUCCACAGCUGCAGUGGGAAGAGAGCAGGGGCUGUGAAAGAGAGGAGAGGGGGAGCGACGGCCAGCCCAACAUGGACAUGGCUAACCUAAUCAAACAUUUCUUUCGAAUUGGAAAGGUGAAGAGCAGAAAGGGAGGAAUGAGGGACGCCGCCUCCAACGUAGAAACAGACAUGAGCACAGAUAACGGCGAAAGGCUGUAUGACCUUAACCUACCUGCUCUGGUCAAGUUCAGCUACACAGCAGAGCGCGAGGACGAGCUAACGCUGGUGAAGGGCACGCGGGUGGUGGUGAUGGAGAAGUGCAGCGACGGCUGGUGGCGCGGCAGCUACAACGGACGCUCUGGUUGGUUCCCUUCCAACUAUGUGACGGAGGACGUGGAUGGGACGGCGGGGGGAGGGGGCGGGCUCGGAGACCUGGCCGGAUCGCUGACGGAGAAGCUAGCCGCUGUGGUGAGCAGCACGGCCAACGGAAAUCGGGUGCUGCACACGGUGCAGGCGCUUUACCCUUUCAGCUCUAGCAACGACGAGGAACUGAACUUUGAGAGGGGCGAUGUGAUGGAGGUGGUAGAGAAGCCCGAGAACGACCCGGAGUGGUGGAAGUGCUGCAAAAUGGACGGACAGCUAGGCUUGGUGCCUAAGAACUACGUCACGGUGCUGGACUCUGGCUCCCAGAAGUCCACAGCAGCACUGGCCGGGCCUCCAACACCCGACUGCGACUACAUCUCACCUUCAGGAAGCGGGCGCUUUGCGGGGAAAGAGUGGUACUACGGAAAGGUGACUCGCCAUCAGGCGGAGGUGGCCCUAAAUCAGCGAGGCACCGAGGGAGACUUCCUCAUCCGAGACAGCGAGUCAUCACCAAACGACUUCUCCAUCUCCCUGAAGGCGCAGAGCAAGAACAAGCAUUUCAAGGUGCAGCUGAAGGAAGACCUUUACUGCAUCGGACAGCGCAAAUUCAACUCUAUGGAAGAGCUUGUGGAACACUACAAAAAAGCUCCCAUCUUUACCAGCGAGCAGGGAGACAAACUCUACCUGAUCAAGGCCCUGGCCGCCUCCUGAUCCGACUCCCCCCUACACACACACACCUGCACACACACUUCCACGUCGACGGCUUCCAUUUAUAACAGAUACUUAUUACGCCACACUAACAUUUCAGCUCCAAGCCUGAAGCAUCAUCAGGACUUUAACGGACACCUUGUGAGCAUUCCAAGAGGAGGUUUGGGAGAGACAUGAAGGAGGGGGCUGAAGGACAAUGGACCCCCGAGAGUGCGACUACAGACCUCUUGGUCACAUUUUAAAUUAUCCACAUUAGGUCAUGUAUUUCACGAUGAUAUCUAUUAGUUUCAUUUAGAUUUCUUUCUGUUGAUAAUAUAUAAUCUUUUUUUGUUUUUUGUAAAAUGUGAUUUUUUUUCUCUAAUCACACCACACACACACGACGGAGGUGUCUACAGCACGUUCAUGCCCACCAUUCUAGGUUUCAGCUCACGUCUGUGUUUCAAACUUUUGCUAAUCAAAACAAAACAAAGUGACCAAUUAAUAUUAAUUCUCAUUUCUGCUCACAACCGUCUCGUGCUUUUUAUUUUUAUUUUCUCCAUCUUGUGUGAAGUCGAACUAGAACAGCCGGCUUGUUGCACACAUUGCUGUCUCAUGUGAAUGUUUCAAAGCUGAGGCUCGAGACACAAGGAGCGGGUUUUGGGAUGAAGGACGAUCCGAGUAAGAGCGGGAAAAUAAAAGAGCCAGGGGAAGUGAAGUUCAGCCCAAGCAGUCCGGUACAUGAUGUCACCACUCCUGAGUUGGUGAUUGCUAGAGGGAACGGAGGAGGCGAGGGUCACUAGUGGGUCGAGUUAUACAUCAUCUGAGUGACGCCCUCUUCCUUAAGCCGGCACACUAAACAAUCCCUUAUUACGAGCAGUCUGAGAUGGCUUUGUCUGAUAUUCGGGCAUCGAAUGUAAAAUGCCUUAGAGGUUCACUUCACGAGCACAAACAAUACAGAGCACGUCCAUGUUUUCAGCUGCACAUGUUUACAGUAAGAGCCUGGAGAGAGAGGGUUUCUGACCGGGCGGUGAAGGGCAGCGACCAGAGCUGCUGCAGGGUUGGCAGGGAGCCACUCGAGCAGCACGAGGAGGAGGAGGAUGAUCACGAUUCCUGCAGUGAUGACUUUUCCAGCUGUGGGCUGGCCGUAGACGCGCGCACACACACACACACACACACACACACACACACACGAAAAGAAAGAGGAAGAGGGAUGUGAAAGAGGAGGAAAGGAAAGGGGGACUUUGAGAGCAUGUUCCACUGUAUGCGAUAAUCUGGAAGGCCACGCCUAGUCGGUUCUCCACAGACAGGCUGAUGUAUGGAAGAGUUUGGUUGGGGCGAGGUUAUUAUUGCUGCACUUUUAACAUUAUUUUCUCCAACUCCCAAAAAUCUACAAAUCUGUUCCUAAAGCACCAACAUGUAGAUUAAACUGUGGAAUAGUUUCAGUCAAUUCAGUUCAAAAAUACGUUAUUAAUCCUAGAGGGAAAUUGAUUAAAUAGUCGUGUGUUAAAGGGAUCUUUUAGCUGUUCUGAGGGGUGUUUAUGUGUAAAGGUUAUAGCUAAUUAGUUUCACAUGAAUUGUAGUGUUUCCUGAACAGCCUAUGUUUGGUGAAAUAGCUUUUACACCCAACUAGUGUGAGUGCAGCCAAGACUUGUGGCAUAUUCCUGCCAUCUGAAAACGACUGAUGCAAUGUAUUUAAUGAAACCUUAAUUGAUUGUUAUUUUGAACUUGGCAGCAAAAUGUAGCACUUCCUAAGCAACAGGAGUAGAAAUGCACGGCUUUAGGUUUUUAAGGGCCGAUGCCCAUUUCUGAUUCUUAUACUGCUCUGACCUGCUGAUGCUGAUCUGGGCUGGUUUCAACAGAAUGCAAACCUUAAAAUGUUUGAAAAGCUUUAAAAGUGAUGAUUCCUAGCAUAAACCUGCACUAAUCAAUGACGAGUGACUGGGAAAAGUAGGUAUUGCAAAUCGGUCUUGGCUGACUUCAAAACUUUAGUUGCAUACUAUAAUCCUAGAUUCUAUGAGUAUAGAUGCAGCCCUUUAGGGCUAUUGCUAGUGGGUGUAAAGCUAUUAUCAGUGGGUUUAAUCUCUACGUGCAGAGAUAAACCCACUAGCUCACCUGUGUGCUCACCUUUAAGUAGAAUUAGCUUUUAGCUAAUCAGUCGAGGUUGUUCAGGAAGCUCUCUAACUAGUUAAGCAUAAUUAUCAUUAAUUGCACAGAAGCACGCUUCAAACUGGGUGGAAAAUCCCAUUAAUGCUAUUCAAAGGUCAUUAAUUAGCAUUUCUAUUAGCCAAGACCAUUAGUUCCUGUUUCCGUUUACCAGGAUCCUAUUAACCCUUCAGUCCCUGCCUGCUGUGGUGUCGCCACCUCUCAGAGUAAUGAUCAGCUUUCAACCAUUUUCUUUUAUUUUAACUCCAUAUUUCCUCAGCUUGCCUCACUUUAAAAUAUUCAAUUUAAUGUGCCUUCACUUCUCUGUGGCAACCAAAGCUUCCAUGUUUUUUCCGUGCUUCGCUCUUCUCUCAUCACCGGCUUUGGCGGAGGCUUUGCAUGUGUGCGAUCAGGUGUGAGCACAUCCUUGUAGGAAAGUGCAUUUCCUGAUCGAGGCCUCCAUCACUCUGAAAAGAUGUCACGCCCGUGCACAAACCGCCCCGUCUUUGAAGCCUCUGUUGCGUUUCCUUUCAAGUGACCUUAUCGUAGCUGACUUCAUCGUGUUCUGGGAUGAGCAGUGGACGCCUACAUGUACAUUUAGAAAUGUAACCCAAGGUCGUGAUCUAAUCAGGGCCUGGAUCUUGUGUACGAGCACCUCAAGUAAAAGUUGCACGACGUUGGUUGUGAGGAACCUUUUCAUGGUUUUAUGUCUAUGUAAAGAUUUCAUUUGUGCAGUUUAGCCACUUAAAUAUAUAUAAAUAAAGUCCUUAGAUAUUUAACUUGAUAUUCAAACACAAAACUACAGCAUCGCCCUGCAUACGUUUUGUUACUGGGAUCUUUUUUUAUGCUGAGGAAAACGAGGCUGCAUGAGCAGAGCCUUGUGCAGAACCGGUUUUAAAUAAAGUCUGCAGUGAAAGAAUAUUAUUGGUCCUGAUGGAAAACUACAGUACAGGUGGACCUCUGGCUCCCCGUCUGCUGAACAAGCCUGAGAAAGUCUUGAUAAUAUUCAGAGAAGUGGCCCAUGGUUUGAUUUUGGUGCUUUUUAUGUGCUGCUUAUAUUUCUGUGGUGCUUUGUCUUACGGAGCUUUCUGUUUUCUGUUUGAGACUAAAAACAGAUCCAUGCUGUGGAAUGAAACAAAGGCAGUGCUGUGAAAAAUUUGUCUUAAUACUGUUUUUAUUGGAGGGAAGAUUGUCUUCAGGUGUAAUAACUUAGAAGUUUUAGAGUGUUGAAAAGCUGUAAUAAAAAGCAUAAAAAGCA